CUGUUGCAGUCACAUGAUACAAAUAAAGUGGCUUGAUAACACGGUUUUAGUUUAAUCCUCUGCUGACCAGAGUCCGAGGAAAAGAUGCAUACAGAGGUGCUCGUGUUCGGUCUCGUCUUACUAAUGCAAGCGUGCGUGCCCCUGUCGGCCCAAACGCUCGCCCCAGAACCACCUGACUCUCCGGGAAUACUGCAGAGGCUGGCGGAGAAGGCCAGGGAGGCAAAAGCUAAAGUCCAGGAUUACGGGGCGAUAGCAGUGGGCUUCUUUGGCGCUUACUAUGAAGACCACAUCCAACCUGUGACCCACAGCUAUGCUGAGUGGGCCUCUAAUGUCAGAAGCUCCAUGUGGGAGAAGGUCCAGACACGCAUUGAUGGCUACAUUCCAUUUAGAGGCACUAAUGCAACCGAUGUAAUGUAAAGAGAAAGCUGACAAUAAAGUAUCUUUCUUGGCAA